AUGACUUCAACUACUAUUUUCAUCAUAUUUUCAACCAAUAAUGCCAAAAGAUUAUAUCAUCUAUUUUCUUUUGUUUAUUACCCAGAUAGUGUUACACAAAAUGAUACUCCAAUCUCAGAAUUUUAUAUUAUAUAA